CUCUCUACUGCCCUCUAGAGGUGGUUUGACUAACUACGUCAAUAGUAAAACUCACAACACCACCACCACCCGGCGAGCGUGCUGUGCGACCACGAAACGUCACAUCCGGUCGGUCUCUGAUAACCGGGGAAAUGGCCACCUCCGACCGCUUCCAGUAUCUGCAGGCACUGGUUACCGAAUUCCAGGACACGGAUAGUACAGAGGCAAAAGAGCAGGUUCUUGCAAACCUUGCCAACUUUGCAUACGAUCCACGUAACUUCUCAGACCUUAGAAAGCUGCAGGUAAUAGAUCUGUUCCUGGACAUGCUAACUGAGGAGAAUGAAACAUUUGUGGAAUUUGGAAUCGGUGGUCUUUGUAAUCUGUGCUUGGACAAAGCAAACAAGAGUCACAUUCUGUCUUCGGGUGGUUUACGCCUCGUCAUAAAUUGCUUGUCCAGCAAGCGAGAAGAGACGGCUUUAUCUGCUUUAACUACGCUCAUGUACCUGAGCACCACUGCCUCUCGUGCGGACAUUACCAGCCCCCCGGUCGUAGAAUGCAUGGUCCGAUUCUCGCUCUCUGGUAAUCGCAGGAUACGGAACCUAGCCACCGUGUUUCUAGAGGAUUACUGUAGUGAAAAGCAAGUGCAGGAGGCACGAGCCCAGAGCCAGCAUACACAUUCUGCACUUGGCAUCCCUCUCCCUGAUACCAGUCCACAUAAUUCAGGAGAAACACCAGAGCUGGAGUUAAAUUGAACAACAUGGGUGCUUGAUUCCCAAGGAAAACGUGAUCAUUAAAGCUCCAUUUAUGUAGGAGCAACACGAGACGUGAACAAGUUAAAACCUAUAUGUAAAACUUUCCAUUUAUGUUUGGGCUCUAGCAGCUUUCCCAGAGGGUAAGGGAUCCUUGUUGAAUAUAGAUGUUGUAAAAGUCUAGUCAGGUUGAGGAUGUCAUGUGGUUCUAUUGAUUUAUUUUCCCCACUGUUUACGCAGAAGGAUCAACUCUUCUGCAAUGUGUGAGAUAUGGAACUAUAAAAGGGACUGCCUAUGAUGGGAGUUUCCUAAAGUUCCUUGUGAUCAACAUGGAAAGAUAUGUACACAACCUAGAUCACUGUUUGGUGGACUCUUGUCAAGGAAUGACUACACAUUACAGCUUUGGACAUUUCUUGUGAUAUACUGGAUUAGAAUGUUUGUUCUGGUUGGCAAUUUUUUUUAUUUUUGUUUUGUUAUUGCACAUUUUUGUAGAUACACUUGUUAAUGUCGGUGUUUUGUCCGUGUAAAGCAAAUAUAGAAAAUAGUGGUAGGAAUCUGAUUAUUGGGAUCCAGUGUUUUCAGAUCAUGGGUUUAUUUCCAGAUAACCCUAUAUUCGCAUUAUUGCUGUUCUUUCAUGUCAAAGAGAUUACUUAAAGCAGCACUGUUACGCUGAACUUACUUUUAUCGUUUUCUUUAAAAGAUAAAGUAGGGACUA